AUUAGGGCUGGAGAUCUCCACAGUACCGGAUGUUGUGAUUGACAGGGGAGAGCAGAGUCCCAUUACAUUAGUUAUAAAAUUAGUUAUACACACUCAAUGUUUACACAUUGAGUUCAUUGACAGACUCCGGAACCACGCCUACACGUGGCAGAACUGCAGACAGCCUGUGUGUGUGUGUGAGAGAGAGAGAGAGAGAGAGGUUGCCCAUGUGCACGUGCGUUAUGAGCUGGUUAAUGUUUAUGAGGUUCUGCACUGAAAGUCGGAGUGUUUUAUCCAAACGCAGACACUUUCUUCUGUCUGCAACUAAAAUGGCCACAGACUCACACUGGUUGAGUGCAGCAGAAAGAGAGCAUGUUCUGAUGGAGUUGAAAGCAACAGGAUGGGUGGAGCUGGAGGAGCGAGAUGCACUAUACAAAGAGCUGCACUUCAAAACUUUUAAUCAGGCAUUUGGCUUCAUGUCUCGAGUGGCUCUGCAGGCAGAGAAGAUGAACCAUCAUCCGGAGUGGUUCAAUGUUUAUAAUAAGGUCCAGGUCACAUUAACGACACACGACUGCGGAGGCCUGUCGAAGAAGGACAUUCGUCUCGCCAAAUUCAUCGAUAAAGUCAUUCUGACGAUGUAAUGCUUUAAAAUGGUGUCGCUUCUCUGGAUGAGCGAGUGUUUUGUGCUGAGCUCAGACUCUCAAUGAGUGCUGGACUGAUCUGGGACUUGCUGUAAAUAUAGAGGCUUAAAAAGUUUUCCCAUUAUUGUAAACAAAUCUUAAAUAAAGAGCGUGAAUAUAAUUAUUAUUGUCAUUACUCCACAAGGCUGAAAAGCAUAAAAAAUAAUGCAAUAACUCUACAAUUACAGAGGAUACAGGACACGAGAUGACCAACUACAAAAUAGAUAAUACUAGAAAAUGACAAAGUGUGAUGAUGUGGGACUACUUAUUUGUGUGUGAGGAAAUUGGGUGUGGGUUGCUAUGGGCCGGAGUGGUUUAGUAACUAGACAGCGACUGGAGAAGGUGUGCUGGUCAUCACAGCCGAUGACCUUCUCAGCCGAGUGGAGCGCGAGCUGCAGUCUGGUCCUGCAGAGGGGAAGCACACUGUGAUGGAGGAGGUGAGCACACGCUCUGUAAUGGCUCAGUAAAAUAUUCUCAGGACAGGGUGAGAAAUACUGAGCUUCCUGAGCUGGUGUGAGCAUUUCUUGAGGAUGGUGGUGAUGUUAUCUCAUUUCAGUGAGUUGGUGAUGGAGGUCUCCAGGAACCUCAAAGACCCAACUUUGGACACCGCUGAGGUGUAGAUUGUCGCAGGUUGGCAGGCAGAGUGAUGCUCACGGAAAUCAAUCAGCAGUUCAACCGUCCUGGCAGCAUUAAGCUGAAGGUUGUUAUGGACACACUUCACUUCUACAGGUAACCUCAUCGCUACAGUUGUGUCAUCCGCAAUCUUCAGUAUAUUGAUGGAUCUCUGUUGUAGUGAGAGAACACUGAGGUACUCCUGUGCUGGUUGUCAUGGGGCCUGAGAACUUCACAUAAUGUUUCCUUCCUGGCAGAAAGUUGGUGAUCCACUGAUAGGUGUUGGAGUGUAUAUUCAGAUGGAUGGGAUUGCUGUGGUGUAGCUCAGGAACAACAGUGUUGAUGAUGAUCAAUGCAUAUGUGCUCAGCGUUCUCAGUUCUUGUUAUUGGUCAAAGGAACCCUGCACUUGCGAUGCUGUUUAAGCUACUGAACACAGGCAGUGUUUAUAAAACGUGUGUGUUUGUGUGUGUGUGUGUAAUGUGAGCACAAAUCUAAUUAUUUAUGUCUUAAACAUCUAAAUUGUGGUUGAAACCUUAAAGAAAAAUGCAGCCAACAUUGAGCUCAUCACAGCGGAAAAUGAAACGUGCAUAAAUAUAAACACUCGCUGCCAUGAGAGAGCAUUCUGUCUGACAGCCCAUGCUUAUUUUCAUCUUAGACAUAAUUGUAAAAAGACCAAAUGUGAACUGUGUGUUCUGAUUAAAGUCCCAUUUAUCUCUGCUUUCA